GUCAUCUGUUUCGACGCCCUGGAAGGUUCAGCUGUCAAUCAUAUAUGGGUCCAAUAUGGACGACCUGGUAAUGCAGCAAAGCCCGUGUUAGGACUGGAGGGGGCCAGAAUAGAACAAGAAAAACUUGCAAGGUUUGGUACGGUUGCAGCCAGGAGAGAAAACGUAAAUAUGCCUACUCCGUAUUUUACCCUGGAUGCCCAACUGAGGUUCCAUGACAAAUGGCUGAAGAUAGACUUGCAGCGAGUGUUCUCUCCAGAAGGGCUGAGUGAGAUGUGGAAUGAGAUGGUGAAGGAUGAAGAGAUCACUUUCAAUGGAGAAGAAUCAUCUCACCCAGAAGACUGCACUGAUUGCUUCGGUACUCAGAAGAAGGAUGAAUCCAACGAUAAAGAGAAGAAGGAAGCGGAGGAAGUGUCGACAUCUGUCCAUCACUCUAUCAUCGAGACAUGGGACUGGGGGCGGCAGCCAGAUGAGACGGAGCUGAAGGACUGUCUGAUGGUGCUGGUAGAUGACCAACAGAAGCUAUCGGCUCAGAUGGCUAAGAGCACGCUGUCUGCCCUGCGUCUACGCCAGCGCCUGGUCAUCCUAGAGAGAUACCUCAUAUCCCUGAGCCACAGCAUGAUGGAAGAGAAGUACAAGGUCCGGUGGAAGAGCCCCCCCAGCCCCCCUCCACCCAUCGUAGACAACAAGAGCCCCCGGCCAGCCAGCAAGGGCGUGGAGGGUCUGGCCAGAGUCGGCUCCAGAGCAGCUCUCUCCUUCGCCUUUGCCUUUCUACGACGAGCCUGGAGGUCUGGUGACGACGCGGACCUGUGCAGUGAGCUGCUCCAGGAGUCCCUGGACGCUCUGCGGGCCCUCCCAGAAGCCACUCUGUUUGACGAGGGCACCGUGUCGUCUGUCUGGCUGGAGGUCGUGGAGAGAGCCACUAAGUUCCUCAGUGACGUCCAUGGAAGUGGUAGUACCAAAGGCAGCAUCCCACUACAGGACCAACACCUUGCCUUGGCCAUCCUGCUGGAGCUGGCAGUACAGAGGGGCACUCUGAGCCAGCUGCUGUCUGCCGUGCUGCUACUGCUGCGUCUGUGGGACAGUGGGACCAGGGAGAUGGACAAUGAGCGAUCCACCCAGGGGACCAGCGCCCCCCUCCUCCCUCUCCUACAGCGCUUUCACAACAUCCACAGCAGCAAGGAGGAACCCAGCCCCGAUGAGGAGAUGGAGAUCCUGGGGGCCCCUCUGAGUCCCAAUGAGAGUUUCCUGCGCUACCUGACGCUGCCCCAGGACAAUGACUUGGCUAUCGACCUGAGACAGACGGCUGUGGUCAUCAUGGCUCACCUGGACCGCCUGGCCGCCCCCUGCUCCCCCUCGCACUGCAGCUCCCCUACCUCCCACAAGGGCACUCUGCAGGAGGUGAUUGGCUGGGGGUUGCUAGGCUGGAAGCUGUAUGCCAACGUGAACGGUCCUGUGCAGUGCAAGGCCCUGUCAGGCCUGGGGGUUUCCCAGAUAGUCUGUUCCGAGAAGGGCUUCCUCAUCCUGGCCAGCAGCGGAGCCGUCUACACGCAGAACUACAAGAGCACCACACUGGCUCCCAUGCUGGUCCAUGCCCUGACCUCCAGGAAGAUAGUGAAGUUGGCAGCUCAUCCAGACGGACAGCACUACCUGGCCCUGUCGGCCAACGGAGAGGUCUUCUCCUGGGGCUGUGGAGACGGGGGCCGCCUGGGCCAUGGAGACACCACGUAUCUGGAGGAGCCUGCAGUGAUCACAGCGUUCACAGGGAAGCAGACAGGGAAGAAUGUGGUGCAGGUAGCCUGUGGGAGCACCUACAGUGCUGCGAUCACAGCUGAUGGAGAGCUGUACACCUGGGGCAGGGGUAACUACGGACGGCUGGGACACGGGUCCAGUGAAGACCAGACUAUUCCCAUGCUGGUGACCGCUCUAAAGGGACUGAAGGUGCUGGAUGUGGCCUGUGGCAGUGGAGACGCACAGACCCUGGCUGUCACAGAGAACGGCCAGGUGUGGUCGUGGGGGGAUGGGGACUAUGGGAAGCUGGGUCGUGGAGGCAGCGACGGCUGUAAGACCCCAAAGCUGGUGGAGAAGCUUCAGGACCUGGAUAUAGUGAAGGUGUGCUGUGGGAGUCAGUUCUCUGUAGCACAGACCAAGGAUGGUCAGGUGUACACCUGGGGGAAAGGAGACAACCAGCGCCUCGGCCACGGCACCGAGGAACAUGUCCGUUACCCCAAACUGCUGGACAGUCUACAAGGGAAGAAAGUGGUGGACAUCGCGGUCGGCUCCACUCACUGUCUGGCGCUGACUGAUGAAGGAGAGGUCCACAGCUGGGGCAGCAACGACAAGCUACAGCACUUUGAUACUUUGUUCUCCAACAAGAAGCAGCCCAAGGCUCUGCCAGGCCUGAACUCCAAACACAUAGUGGGCAUCUCCUGUGGGCCAGGACAGAGCUUUGCGUGGUCGUCCUGUUCAGAGUGGUCUGUGGGGCAGCGCGUGCCCUUCGUAGUGGACGUGUGCCCUGUGACCUUUGAGCAGCUGGAUCUGCUCUUGCGGCAGGUGAGCGAGGGCAUGGACGGCUCUUCUGAUUGGCCCCCGCCGCAGGAGAAGGAGUGCAUGGUGGUUGCCUCCCUUAACCUGCUCAGGCUACAGCUCCAUGCAGCCAUCAGUAACCAGAUGGACCCUGAGGAGUUGGGUCUGGGUCUGGGCAGCGGGCUGCUCAACAACCUGAAGCAGACCGUGGUGACGCUAGCAUCCAACGCUGGAGUCCUCAACACCGUCCAGGCAGCUGCCCAGGCCGUGCUACAGAGUGGUUGGUCAGUGCUGCUCCCUACUGCAGAGGAGAGGGCCAGGGCUCUGUCCUCACUACUACCCAACACAGCAUCUGGUAACGAGAUGAGCGUUAGUCCUGGACGUCGCUUCAUGAUCGACCUGUUGGUCAGCAGUCUGAUGGCGGACGGAGGGCUGGAGUCUGCUCUCAAUGCUGCCAUCACAGCUGAGCUACAGGACAUAGAGGCAAAGAAGGAGGCCCAGAAAGAGAAGGAGGUCGAUGAGCAGGAGGCCAAUGCCUCCACCAUGCUGCGUUGCCGCACCACCCUGGACAAAGACCUCAUCAACACCGGGAUAUACGAGUCUGCUGGGAAGCAGAGCCUUCCUCUGGUCCAGCUCGUACAGCAGCUACUGAGGAACAUCGCCUCUCAGACCAUCGUUAGACUGAAGGACGUGGCCCGGAGGAUAUCUAGCGGGGUCGACACGGAGCACGUUAGUAAAGAACGCUCGGCCUCCCUCGACCUGUUGCUGCGCUUCCAGAGGCUGCUGGUCAGCAAACUCUACCUGGGGGUCAACGGCACCGAAAACACCAACGGAUACAAUCCAGAGCUGCUGGGUGUGGGGUCCCUGUUGAAGAAGUACAUCGCCCUACUGUGUACUCACAUUGGAGACAUCCUCCCUGUGGCUACCAGCAUAGCCUUCACCGGACACAGACACUUCAAUGAAGUGGCUCGGGUCAUCGAGGGUGACCUCACUGGUGUUCUCCUCCCUGAGCUGGUGGUGUCCAUCGUGUUGCUGCUGACCAUGGACCCCGGCCUGAUGCAGGAGACCGGCUCCAUCCCUCUGCUGACUGGGCUGCUGGAGCACCUGGACCGCUUCAACCACCUGGCGCCUGGACACGAGAGGGACGACAACGAAGACCUGGCCUGGCCCGGCAUCAUGGGCUCAUUCUUCACAGGGCAGAGCUCGAAGAACAAUGAGGAGAUGUCUCUGAUCCGCAAGGCCGACCUGGAGAACCACAACAAAGAUGGCGGCUUCUGGACCGUCGUGGACGGGAAAGUCUACGACAUCAAAGACUUCCAGGCCCAGUCGCUCACUGGGAACAGCAUUCUGGCCCAGUUUACAGGAGAAGACCCUGUUGUUGCGUUGGAAGCAGCCCUGCAGUUUGAGAACACCAGGGUGUCUAUGCAGGCUUUCUGUGUUGGACAGUACAUAGAGCCCAACCAGGAGACAGUGACCACCCCAGACCUGAGCAGCCUGUGCUCCCCCCUCAUCGACACAGAGAGGAACCUGGGACUCCUGCUGGGCCUCCACGCCUCUUACCUGGCCAACAGCACCCCCCUGUCACCCAUGGAGAUAGAAUGUGCCAAAUGGCUCCAGUCGUCCAUCUUCCAAGGUGGUCUGCAGACCAGUCAGAUCCACUACAACUACAACGAGGAGAAGGAUGAGGACCACUGCUGGUUGCCGGGAACACCAGAUAAGAUGUACUCCCGCUGGCUCACCCUCAGCGACCACGCCCAGCCCUUCUUACAGGCUAUCGCUGACAACACCACUCAGGACCACACUGUGAAGGACUUCCUGUGCCAAAUGGAGCGGUGCUGUAAACAGUACCACCUCAUCACACCCAUCACCUUCCCCCUGGAGCACCCUGUGGAGGAAGUAGGCCGUCUGCUUCUCUGCUGCCUGCUCAAACACCAGGACCUCGGUCACAUCGCCCUUUCCCUCGUCAACCAAUGUGCCUUGGGCGUGGAGCAGGGGAAGCAGAGGUCCCUCCCCAGAUCUGUGAUUGACGUGUGUCGCAUGGUGUACCAGGCUAAGUGCUCUUUAAUCAAGACCCACCAGGAGCAGGGUCGUAGUUAUAAGGAGGUCUGUGCUCCUGUCAUCGAGAGGCUGCGCUUCCUGUUCAACGAGCUGCGUCCUGCCGUGAGCAGCGACCUCUCCAUCGUGUCCAAGCUGAAGCUGCUCAGCGCCCAGCCGCGCUGGAAGAGGAUCACACAGAAGCUCAUCAGAGACUGCAGGAAGAAGAGAGUGCCUAAGAAGUCUGAAUCGGCAGACGUAGUAGAGGAGCCGAAACUAGAGAAUGAAGGGACCAAUGAGGAGGAGCUCUGUGUCCCCAUAAGCCCUGCCCCCACAGACAGAAAACCACCCACCAACAAGACACCCAAGCAGCAGGAUAGGCUGGCUCCUCUCCUCAACACGGUCGCUCACGUCCAGAAGUUUAAGUGGCUGAAGCACAGUGUCCAGGGAGUCUUCUCUACCUCUAGCCUCAUGGGGACCAUCGUAGAGUUCGCUCUGAAGGAGGAGCCACUCGACGUGGAGAAGAUGAGGAAGUGUCUUCUCAAACAGGUGCAGAAUGGGACACGGACAUUACCAUUCAAGUACAUUUUGUUUUUGUGCUGGGUGGACCAGCGAUCAGAAUUCUAUUUCUGUAGGUCCGUAUCAGACAGGGGGGAAGAACACGGUUCUGUAGGGCGAAUUAAUCCUGAGGGGACCAACAUCGGGGAGCCGCUGUCUGACUGUCUGAAAGACGUUGGUCUGAUCCCUCCCUUCAACCGCAUGCUGUUAGAGGUCACCUUCGGGAAGCUCUACUCCUGGUCCAUCCAGAACCUACGCAACAUCCUGCUGGAGGCCAGCGGCAGCUUUAAUCAACUGGGUGUACAGCCCGUCCCUCUCCAGACCAUUACCAAUGAGAACCCGGCCGGCCCCAGUCUGGGCACCAUCCCUCAGGCCCGUUUCCUUCUCUCCAUGCUCCACAUGCUGUCUCUGAAACACGGGGCCAACAGCCUCGCUCUGCUGCUUAACUCUGGAACUCUGGCUCUCACACAGAGCAUCCUCCGACUCAUAGGCCCCAGUACAGACAGCAGUGAGGAGGAGCUGGGGUCGAGAGGUCACGGGGGGUCAGCUACGGUACUGGAGGAGAGCCGAAAGGAGGCGACCCCCACUCCCCUGCCCGCCUCAGGGCCUGAACUUGCCGCCAUGAUGAAGAUCGGAACCAGAGUGAUGAGAGGACUGGACUGGAAGUGGGGAGAUCAGGACGGUCCUGCGCCGGGUCUGGGCCGGGUGAUAGGGGAGCUGGGUGAGGAUGGGUGGAUUAGGGUCCAGUGGGAUACCAGCAGUACCAACUCCUACAGGAUGGGGAAGGAGGGAAAAUACGACCUGAAACUGUCAGAGCCCCCGCCUGCCUCCCAGCCUGCUACUGAAGACUCUGACACCGAGGAUGACACUGAAGGAGAGGUGCUGGAUAAGAGUGCCCACCCUACAGCCAUGUUGUUAACCAGCACAGUGAACCUGUUGAAGACCCUGUCUCUGUCUGCUGGGAUCUACUCCGAGGUGAUGCAGACAGACGCCACACGGACCCUCUGUGGUCUUCUCCGCAUGCUGGUGGAGAGUGGAGCCAACGAUAAGACCGGUUGUCCAUCUCACCGGCUGGUGUCCAGGGAGCAGCAUCGUAGCUGGUGUACUCUGGGUUUCAUCCGCAGCGUGGCCCUCCAGCCUCAGAUGUGUUCUUCUCUCAGUACUUCAGCCUGGAUCGGUCUGCUGAUCCGCAUCGUAGAGGGACAACAGUCCUGUAAUGCUGUUACUCUGCAGAGACAGAUCCUGGCUCUGCGUCUGCUGCAGGCCGUGCUCCCCUCCUGGGACAAGAUGGAGAGAUCUCAGGACAUGAAGUUCCUGGUGGAGAAACUCUUUGGAUUCCUGGGGUGUCUACUGCGCUCCUGCUCUUCUGACUUGCCCCUGCUCAGAGAGGGCUCUCUGAGACGCAGGAAGUCCCGACCCCAGGCCUCUCUGACAGCCAGUCACAGCAGUACACUGGCUGAGGAGAUAGUUGCUGUGCUGCGCACGCUGCACUCCCUGGGCCAAUGGAACGCUCUGCUCAACGACUAUAUCAACUGUCAACUCAGCUGUAUAGGAGAUGUGAUGGCCGGACGGCACUCUGACACGACUCUCCUGGAGGAGUACUUUCCUGACUCGGAGGGCCCCAGGGUGGGUAGUCUGAUGGCCGUGCUGGCUGUGAUCGGGGGCAUCGAUGGGAGGCUGAGGCUGGGUGGACAGGUCAUCCAUGAGGAGUAUGGAGAGGGAACGGUCACACGCAUCACACCUAAAGGACGAAUCACAGUGCAGUUUCAUGAGAUGAGGACAUGUCGGGUCUGCCUGCUCAGCCAACUCAAACCACUACCAGUAGUAUCGUUCAGUGUUCCGAACCUUCCCUUCUCUGACUCCAUGUUGGUUGUCUGGGCUCAACUGGUUAACCUGGCCGGCAGCAAGCUGGAGAAACACCGCCUGAAGUCUCUCAGCCGCGGACUCACAGCUGACCAGGUCGAUGUUGGCCUCUUGCGGUGCCAGCAGCUGAGACUGUACAUCCUGAAGGCAGCCAGGACCCUCCUCUCCCACCAGGACAAACUACGACAGAUCCUCUCACAGGCUGCCGUGCUGGAUCUCCCACCCAACUCCGGUGAGGAGCCUACGGCUGUGUCUCCAGACGUGGGUGACCUGUCUCCUGAGGGUCCCCUGCCCCCCCUUAUCCUCCUCCAGCAGCUCCUUUCUGCAGCCACACAGCCCUCACCUAUCAAGGCCAUCUUCAACAGGCAGGAACUGGAGACUGCAGCCCUAGCAGUGUGUCAGUACCUGGCGGUGGAGUCCACCCACCCCUCCUCCCCCCUGUUUGAGAGCAGUAGCUCCAGUGAGGCCACUACCCCUGUCACCGUGCAGCACGUCAAGGUCCCUAAACAGAAGAAGCAGAAGGCCUCUCCUGUCCCCCCGCUGCCUAUUGUACUACAGCUGAUGGAAAUGGGUUUCCAUAGGAACAAUAUCGAGUUUUCCCUCAAGUCUCUGUCUGGGACCGGCAGCGCCUCUGGUGUACCAGGUGUGGAGUCUUUAGUGGCCUGGUUGCUGGACCAUCCUGAUGUCCAGGUGACAGAGCUGUCUGAUGUUGACACGGUGUCGGAUGACUACUCUGAGGAGGAGCUGGAGGAGGAGCCGGAGGAGGAGCUGGAGGAGCAGGCUCCCACAGCCUUCCCAGUGCCUCCUGGUGCAGUGGUGACAGAGACUCAGACCUUUAAGAACCAAUCAGAUUUCCAGAGCAACGAUGACUAUGCUGUUUAUAUCAGAGAGAACAUUCAGGUGGGCAUGAUGGUGAAGUGCUGUAGAACGUAUGAGGAAGUGUACGAGGGAGACGUUGGGAAGGUAAUUAAACUGGACAGAGAUGGACUCCAUGACCUGAAUGUCCAGUGUGACUGGCAGCAGAAAGGCGGGACCUACUGGGUCCGCUAUAUACACACUCAACUACUAGGCUUCCCACCACAGACCUCUCCAUCCCACAUUAAGAUCGGGGACAAAGUGAGGGUGAAGGCUACCGUCACGACGCCGAAGUACAAAUGGGGCUCUGUCACUCACAGGAGUGUAGGAGUGGUCAAGGCUUUCAGUGCCAAUGGGAAGGAUGUGAUUCUGGACUUCACUCAGCAGUCUCACUGGACCGGGCUGCUGUCUGAGAUGGAGCUGGUUCCCAGUGUCCACCCGGGAGUCCGCUGUGAUGGCUGUCAGAUGUUCCCUAUCAACGGCCCCAGGUUCAAAUGUAGACACUGUGACGACUUUGACUUCUGUGAGAGGUGCUUUAAAACACGCCAACACAACACCAGGCACUCUUUUGUACGUGUCAACGAACCAGGCCAGUCUCCAGCUUUCUGUGGGCGCUCAGGGAAGCAGUUGAAGCGUCACCACGGCAACCAGAGGGGCAUGCUGGUAGAUGAGUGGUCCAGAGCCGUCAAAAGCCUCAACGUGUCGUCGUCUGUCAACCAGGCAUCACGCCUCAUCGACUGCAGUGAGCUCUGCUGGCAGUCCUCUGGGUCACAGGGAAAGCACUGGAUCCGUCUGGAGCUGUUACCUGAUGUCCUGGUCCACAGGCUGAAGAUGACGGUGGACCCUGCAGACAGCAGCUAUAUGCCGUCUCUGGUGGUGGUCUCAGGUGGCAGUUCCCUGAACAACCUGGUAGAGCUGAAGACUAUCAACAUCAACCCCACAGACACCACUGUUCCUCUGCUCAACGACUGCAAUGAGUACCACAGGUACAUAGAGAUAGCCAUCAAGCAGUGCCGCAGCUCUGGUAUCGACUGUAAGAUCCACGGCCUGGGCAUCGUGGGACGGAUCAGAGCAGAGGAUGAGGACCUGGCCACCGUGCCGUUCCUGGCUUCAGACAACGAGGAAGAGGAUGAUGAGAAGACGCCUACUGGGAGUUUGGCCCGUAAGAAGUUGUCCGGUCUGGAGUCGACUGCCACCAUCCGGACCAAGGUGUUUGUCUGGGGACUCAAUGACAAAGACCAGCUGGGAGGACUGAAGGGGUCCAAGAUCAAGGUCCCGUCCUUCUCUGAAACCCUCUCAACCCUCAACGUGGUGCAGGUGGCCGGCGGCUCUAAGAGUCUGUUUGCAGUGACGGCCGAGGGGAAGGUUUAUUCGUGUGGAGAGGCCACUAACGGGCGUCUGGGCCUGGGUCUGUCCAGCGGUACCAUCCCUAUCCCCCGCCAGAUCACUGCUCUCAGUAACUACGUAGUGAAGAAGGUUGCGGUGCAUUCUGGGGGACGCCACGCCAUGGCCCUCACCGUAGAUGGGAAGGUGUUCUCCUGGGGAGAGGGAGACGACGGGAAACUGGGACACUUCAGCAGGAUGAACUGUGACAAGCCGCGCCUCAUCGAGGCCCUGAAGACCAAGAGGAUCCGGGACAUCGCCUGCGGCUCGUCCCACAGUGCUGCCAUCACCUCCAGUGGAGAACUGUACAGCUGGGGCCUGGGGGAGUACGGACGGCUGGGACACGGAGACAACACCACGCAGCUACGUCCCAAACUGGUGAAGGUGCUUCUGGGUCAUCGUGUGGUCCAGGUGGCUUGUGGGAGUAGAGAUGCUCAAACUCUAGCCCUGACAGAUGAAGGUCUGGUGUUCUCCUGGGGCGAUGGGGACUUUGGGAAGCUGGGUCGUGGGGGCAGCGAGGGCUGUAAUAUCCCUCAGAACAUUGAGAGGCUGAAUGGGCAGGGAGUCUGUCAGAUAGAGUGUGGGGCUCAGUUCUCCCUGGCUCUCACCAAGUCUGGAGUGGUCUGGACAUGGGGUAAAGGGGACUACUUCCGUCUGGGCCACGGGACAGACGUCCAUGUGCGUAAGCCUCAGAUGGUGGAGGGGCUGAGGGGGAAGAAGAUCAUCCACGUGGCCGUGGGGGCGCUGCACUGCCUGGCUGUCACCGAGACUGGACAGGUGUUUGCGUGGGGGGACAACGACCAUGGCCAGCAGGGUAACGGGACCACCACGGUGAACAGGAAGCCCACCCUUGUUCAGGGUCUAGAGGGACAGAAGAUCACCCGUGUUGCCUGUGGCUCCUCCCACAGUGUUGCCUGGACCACCGUAGAUGUCACCACCCCCUCUGUCCACGAGCCUGUCCUCUUCCAGACCGCCAGGGACUCUCUAGGGGCAUCAUACUUAGGCGUCCAGUCAGACAGUGACUCCUCGGCGGUGAACAAUAAGAUGAGUGGCCACAGUAAUGGAGUUAGACCCAACCGCCCCUCUCUGGCUAAAAUACUACUGUCUCUGGAUGGGAACCAGGCCAAGCAACAGGCCCUGUCCCAUGUCCUCUCAGCCCUACAGAUCAUGUAUGCCAGGGAUGCUGUGGUUGGUGCCCUGAUGCCAGCUUGUAUGAUGGUCCCCAUGGAGUGCCCCCCCCCUGACUCCUCCUCAGCAUCCAGCCCCUCUGAGUCAGAGGGACCCCCUGUUCCCACAGAGGUGGAGGAGAGGGUCAGCCCUAACCCCUGGCAGACAGACAAGAAUGGAGAGGUGACCUCCUCCGAGGAUGCUGUCACCCCCUCGUCAGCUGUGACCCCGUCUACUGCUGCUUCCUCUCGACCUUUCAUCCCAGUCACGGACGACCCCGGAGCAGCUAGCAUCAUCGCAGAGACCAUGACCAAAACUAAGGAGGACUCAGAGUGUCAGAAUAAGACCGGGGCUCCAGAACCUCAGUACCUGGACGAGUUCACCAGUCUGCUGGUACCUGAUGAUACCAGGGUGAUGGUGGACCUGCUGAAGCUGGCGGUGUCUGUUCGCUCUGGGGAGAAGGGCAAGGAGGUGCUGUCUGCUGUGCUGUCUGGGAUGGGGACUGCCUACCCACAGGUUGCAGACAUGCUUCUGGAGCUGUGUGUCACGGAGUUAGAAGACGUGGCCACGGACUCUCAGAGCGGUCGUCUGUCCUCUCAGCCGGUGGUGGUGGAGAGCAGUCAUCCCUAUACAGACGACACCUCUACCAGCGGCACCGUCAAGAUACCUGGUGCGGAGGGACUGAGGGUGGAGUUUGACCGGCAGUGUUCUGCAGAAAGACGUCAUGACCCUCUCACCAUCAUGGAUGGAGCCAAUAGGAUCAUCUCAGUCCGAUCAGGUCGUGAGUGGUCGGACUGGUCCAGUGAGUUGAGGAUCCCAGCUGAUGAGCUGAAGUGGAAGUUUACCAGCGAUGGAUCUGUCAACGGAUGGGGUUGGCGCUUCACUGUCUACCCUAUCAUGCCUGCUGCUGGGCCCAAAGACCUCUUGUCUGACCGCUGCAUCCUGUCCUGUCCCUCCAUGGACCUGGUGACCUGCCUCCUGGACUUCAGGCUCAACUUGGCCUCCAACAGGCGUAUCGUACCCCGCCUGGCUGCCUCCCUGGCUGCCUGCGCUCAGCUCAGUGCCCUGGCAGCAGGACAUCGUAUGUGGGCUCUGCAGAGGCUCCGUAAGCUGCUGACUACAGAGUACGGCCAGUCCAUCAACAUCACCAGGCUGCUUGGGGACAGUGAAGGAGAGUCUCGCUCCAUGAGUUUUACAGGCAGUGCGCUGGCCGCCCUGGUGAAGGGUCUUCCCGAGGCUCUCCAGAGGCAGUAUGAAUAUGAGGACCCCAUCGUCAGGGGAGGAAAGCAGCUGCUGCACAGCCCUUUCUUCAAGGUGCUGGUGGCUCUAGCCUGCGACCUGGAGUUGGACACCCUACCCUGCUGUGCUGAGACCCAUAAGUGGGCGUGGUUCCGCCGGUACUGUACUGCAUCCAGAGUGGCUGUCGCUCUGGACAAGAGGACUCCUCAGCCACGUCCCUUCCUGGAUGAGGUGACGAAGAAGAUCCGUGAGUUGAUGGCUGACUGUGAGGUGAUGAACGUCCUCCACGAGAGCCAUGACCUGUUUAAGAGAGAGCAGGACGAGCAGCUUGUCCAAUGGAUGAACAGGAGACCUGACGACUGGACGCUGUCUGCAGGAGGCUCCGGGACCAUCUACGGCUGGGGUCACAACCACCGGGGUCAGCUAGGGGGCAUUGAGGGGGCAAAGGUCAAGGUCCCCACCCCCACAGAGGCCCUGGCGACUCUGAGACCUGUUCAGCUGAUAGGAGGGGAGCAAACCCUGUUCGCUGUCACUGCUGAUGGAAAGUUGUAUGCUACAGGGUACGGUGCGGGGGGCCGGCUGGGUAUUGGAGGAACAGAGUCCGUGUCCACCCCCACUCUGCUGGAGUCCAUCCAGCAUGUGUUCAUCAGGAAGGUGGCGGUGAACAGCGGAGGGAAACACUGUCUAGCCCUGUCCUCUGAGGGAGAGGUCUACUCCUGGGGAGAGGCUGAGGACGGAAAACUGGGACACGGCAACAGGAGUCCAUGUGACCGUCCCCGCGUGAUAGAGUCCCUACGGGGGGUGGAGGUGGUGGAUGUAGCUGCUGGAGGGGCCCAUAGUGCCUGCAUCACGGCCAGCGGAGAGCUCUACACCUGGGGCAAGGGACGCUACGGACGCCUGGGGCAUGGAGAUUCUGAGGACCAACUCAAACCCAAACUGGUGGAUGCUCUGCAGGGCCACAGGGUGAUAGAUGUGGCGUGUGGUAGUGGUGACGCCCAGACUCUUUGUCUGACUGACGAUGACAUGGUCUGGUCCUGGGGCGAUGGAGACUAUGGCAAGCUUGGGCGGGGCGGCAGCGACGGCUGCAAGGUCCCCAUGAAGAUUGAUUCUCUGACUGGACUGGGAGUGGUGAAGGUUGACUGUGGCUCCCAGUUCUCUGUCUCUCUCACCAAGUCUGGAGCAGUUUACACCUGGGGUAAAGGUGACUACCACCGGCUGGGUCACGGUUCUGAUGACCAUGUACGGCGACCCAGACAGGUCCAGGGCCUGCAGGGGAAGAAGGUCAUUGCCAUAGCAACGGGGUCACUCCACUGUGUCUGCUGCACUGAGGAUGGAGAAGUGUACACGUGGGGUGAUAAUGACGAGGGCCAGCUGGGAGACGGGACCACUAACGCCAUCCAGAGGCCUCGUCUUGUCGCUGCGUUGCAGGGGAAGAAGAUCAACAGGGUGGCUUGUGGCUCUGCCCACACACUGGCCUGGUCCACCUCCAAACCUUCCAAUGGAGGGAAACUUCCUGGUCAGGUGCCCAUGGAAUACAACCACCUCCAGGAGAUUCCCAUCAUGUCUCUGAGGAACAGACUGUUACUGCUGCACCACAUAUCGGAGCUCUUCUGUCCCUGUAUCCCCAUGUUUGAUCUGGAGGGCCGGCUGGGGCAGACCGCACACGGACCUGCCCUAGGGUUUAACACACUACGGGGCAUACUCAUCUCACAGGGCAAGGAAGCAGCGUUCCGGAAGGUAGUCCAGGCCACCAUGGUGAGAGACAGACAGCAUGGACCUGUAGUGGAACUCAACAGGAUACAGGUCAAGCGGUCUCGUAGUAAAGGAGGUUUGGCAGGUCCAGACGGGACCAAGUCAGUGUUUGGUCAGAUGUGUGCCAAGAUGAGCUCCUUCAGCCCAGACAGCCUGCUGCUGCCUCACCGUGUCUGGAAGGUCAAGUUUGUGGGUGAGUCUGUGGAUGACUGUGGCGGGGGCUACAGUGAGUCCAUAGCAGAGAUGUGUGAGGAGCUCCAGAACGGUCUGACCCCUCUCCUCAUCGUGACCCCUAAUGGACGAGACGAGUCAGGAGCGAACAGAGACUGUUUCCUGCUCAACCCUGCAGCCAAGUCAGCUCUGCAUAUGAACAUGUUCAGAUUCUUAGGAGUGCUCCUGGGCAUAGCCAUCCGUACCGGAUCCCCUCUCAGUCUCAACCUGGCUGAACCUGUCUGGAAACAGCUGGCUGGGAUGAACCUCACCAUCGCUGACCUUAGUGAGGUGGAUAAAGACUUUAUCCCUGGUCUGAUGUACAUCAGAGACAACGAGGCCACUGCUGAGGAGUUUGAGGGCAUGACUCUCCCCUUCACAGUCCCUAACGCCAGCGGACAGGAUAUCCAGCUCAGCUCUAAAUACUCCCACAUCACCCUGGAGAACAGGGCCGAGUAUGUCCGCCUCGCCAUCAACUACAGGCUCCAUGAGUUUGAUGAGCAGGUGUCAGCUGUGAGGGAAGGGAUGGCUCGGGUCGUACCUGUCCCCCUGCUCUCCCUCUUCACAGGAUAUGAGCUAGAGACAAUGGUGUGCGGCAGUCCAGACAUCCCCCUCCACCUGUUGAAGUCAGUAGCCACCUAUAAAGGUGUUGAGCCAACCUCUCCUCUCAUCCACUGGUUCUGGGAGGUCAUGGAGUCCUUCUCCAACACAGAGAGAUCUCUGUUCCUGCGCUUCGUCUGGGGACGGACACGCCUCCCACGCACCAUCGCUGACUUCAGAGGACGAGACUUCGUUGUCCAGGUGCUGGAUAAGUACAACCCUCCGGACCACUUCCUACCAGAGUCCUACACCUGUUUCUUUCUCCUCAAGCUGCCCAGGUAUUCCUGUAAGCAGGUGCUGGAGGAGAAGCUGAAAUAUGCCAUCCACUUCUGUAAGAGUAUUGAUACAGACGACUACGCUCGAAUCGCUCUGACCGGAGAACCUGCCGCGGACAACAGCUCUGAAGACUCGGACAAUGAGGACGCAGACUCCUUCGCCUCCGACUCCACGCAGGACUACCUGACAGGCCACUGACCCCUGAUCCAGCUUCUCCGACUCCACGCAGGACUACCUGACAGGCCACUGACCC